CCCUGCAUCUCUUCACACAUUGUAGUCGGUCUUUCUGGGUCGCAGGCCCCGACCGCUCAUCGCAUCGUCUCGCUGGUGAGUUCUGUGUCUCUCUCGCGCCGCGUACUGAGCAGUUGCCAUCGGCCGCAGGCCGCGCGGUGCUCCCUGCCCCCAUCCCUCACCCUCAAGUCCCCUAGCGGCGCCGGCGCGGCGCAAGGUGGUGGAAGGAGCAGCUGAGAGAGAAAAAGCUGAGCGGAUACGGGGGGCUGACCGCCAGGAGCUGGGAGCGGCUCUGAGUUUCUUGAACCUUUCCCUUCUCUCGGACAGUCGGGACUCUUUCCUCCCUUACUCUUCCUUCCCUGGCGGCGACGGCUCGCGGUGGCGCCAUUUGUCCUGUCUUCGCCCAGACCUUUGUCGGCGACGAGCGUAUCCUCCAGUUUUGUGGACAUCUGUUGCUAAUAUACAUGGAGAAACAAUACUGGUGAUCUGAAGCAACAUGGACCCUGUCAAACUGGUUGAGGGCUACAAGUUUGAUGACCAUACUACAAGUGAUGUCCGUGUUUGCUUUAAAUUGAUUGAUGAGCUGCCAGAAUGGUUUUCCUGCCAUUCAUCUGUCCUUUCCCGAAAUAGCAAGUAUUUCGCAGACUGGCUUGGUCAAAAUGAUGUCCGUUCUAGUAAUUGCAUAGAAAUUGAGUGCCCAAGAGUUGAGUAUGACCAUUAUGUCAAGAUGUUGAAGUUAAUGUAUCUUCCUAGAGAAUCAGUUAUAGAUUCAUUUGAUUCUGUGAAGUCAGCUGUUGGUGUUCUUCGAGCAUCAAAUUCUCUCGGAUGCGAGUUGGUCACCAAAAGUUGUAUAGAAUACAUUGAAGCUGCUUCCUGGGAUGAAAAGGAGGAGGAGGAGAUUUUAGAAGUAGCUCGAACUCUUGGAUCCAAAGCGGUUUCUUUGUUAGCCCGUCUUCAAGCCCCAAGUGCGGACACUGUUAAGAAUGUCUUCAUCUCUGCCAUUCGUUUUGCUACAUGCAUGGAAUCUCCAUUCCCUCCUUUCUUGGACGACCUCAAAACUUCUGCCCAGGAGCAAAUUGACUUUAUGAUCCAUGAGGAUGAUGAUACUGCUUUGGUUACUACAGAUGAAGAUGUGAAAUCUGUGGUUCAGGAAGGCUUGAGAAAACUGUUAGGUGCACUUAGGACUGCCCUAGAUCUGUUGUGCACUGAGUUUGAUCAAUCACCUGACCAAGCAGAGCAAAGGAUUCUAUGCAGCUUAGCUGACAUUGACUGGAUAGCUAAUCUCUUGGCAAAGAUUGAGAUGAUGCAUGACUUUGUUUCUUGCUGGUCAGAAAUCUCUGACUACGUUCUUUCAGUGGUUCAGGACAAGAAGUAUAUCUCAGGCUUGUGGGCUGUGAAGGCAAAGCUUAUCGAAGUGACUGGAAAAGCCCUGGAUGCUGUUGGCUAUGGCUCAGUGGUUCUCCCAUCAUCAUCCAGAGUUCAUAUCCUGAAGACAUGGCUUCCUUAUAUUCAAAUGACAAAGCGUUUUCUAGAUGAAAAUAGUAAGAAUGAAACAUCUCUGCAGAUGGAUUCAGACUUGAGUCAGAAUAUUGAGAGCGCAAUAGUAUCGAUCGUGUUAGCAUUGCCAUCGGAUGAUCAGGCUGAUAUCCUGUCAGAGUGGAUGAAGCAAGCAGAGCAGUUCAGGUAUCCUGAUCUCACUGAAGCAUUUGAGGUGUGGUGUUAUCGCAGUAAAACAGCAAAGAGAAGGCUGGUGGGCGGGCUAAAUGGAGGUAGCAACCCCACAGUCAGCUUGUAAGGCAACUGUUAAUUUGAUCUUUUCUUGUAGCUCAUAGUCAGCCAAAUUAGGUGGUUGGUAACAAGUAUAUACCAACUAAUUUCUCAUUGUUGUAUGUUGUACAACAGCUCUUCAUGUUUAAUAAACUUUGGUUUUAUUGCAGAA